CGGCGCUUACGGCCGCACAAGCCUCUAUAUAAAAGAGACAAACCCCCCGAUCUGAUUAGCAAAGUUCCAAAACAUACGUAAAAGCGCAUUUCAUUCAUAUUUCCAACGGUCCAAGAAGCGUACACGGCUAGCAACAACGUGCGGACGGCCGGUAUCAGGGUAUAUGUGUACGAGUAUAUGCACAUAUGUUCCACUGGUGUGUAUGUACACGCUAUAUACUGUGAUAUAUAUAGAUAAACAGACAGGCCGGAACGGACGAAAGUUGUGACGAGGAUCGGGAGAGACACUACCGACGAAGAGGCACGAGCAGCAGAAGCAGCUGAAGAAGAAGAAGAAGAAGAAGAGGAAGAAGCAGUAGAGACAUUUAAAUAUAGCUACUAAAACGCGAUCUAGUCAUCGUGGAAACGAGUCAAGUCGGUCGGGGACGGUUCGAAACGACUAUCCACGAAGGAGGCGGUGGAUGUAGCAGACGCUGCAGGUGCAGUCGAAGCGGCGAGCACGAAAACGGAGCGAGAGCCCGGAGAGCCUAUAGUUGAGAGGCCAGCAGGCCACGACGAGCAAGUGAGAUGAGACGCUGCGUGGUCAGACGAGGCUAGACGAGGCGAACCGAGAAACAAGGGAAGGCCCGGCGUGUCAGGGUGCAUCACAGGCCGCGACGCAACGAAAGGGUUGUGUGACCGGUGGUACCAACUAGGGCCACUGCAGCAGCUAAGCUAAGCUGAAGCAACCAAGCACGCACGCUGGAUCAUCGUCCACGCGGCACAGCCGCAUCGUUCAACCUUUAACCGCUUCGGAGAGCCAUCUCCUUUCUGCGCAGCCUCGCACCAGACAGUACGUUCAUCGAGAGAGAACACACCUCGCCCAAUCUUUUUGGCGCGCACGAUCGAUCUAUUCGAAGGAGACGGAGAUUCGCAGCUGUCCGAGGAAGAUCGAGAAACCGGGGAAAGAGGCGAUACACAGGGGGAACGAGAGAACACGGAAAUCUUGCCGCGGAUAGAGGACGAGAGCGGAGUCAGAUUCGACGUCGGGAAAGCGUGUUGAGUACAGCCGCCAGGAUGUCCGGCUCCCAGAGGAGACAGAUGAUGCAGCAAUGGCCUCUGUGCCUAGUGCCUGUUUCGAGAACGAAGGAGCGAUCCGUCCUGCCGAAGAAUUACACGAAGGUGCCCACGGUCGCGAGAUCGUCGACGAUCAAUUCGGGUAUCAGCCUAGAUUGCUCGUCGAACACGACCCUCGCGACGACCGUCAGCCCGUUCAACAGCCAGACCGCCCUUAUCGUGGAGAAGAAGAGCCCUUCUCCGGGGAGCGUGGCAGCCACUCCAGUGAACCAUUACUAUGAGCAAAACCUGAGGAACAACCACCAACAGGCCCUGCACGGGUCUCGCAUCUACAACCCCCUCGAGAAAGACCUCGAGCUCGAUUACAAGCAGCUCGACCCGCUGCUGGCCGGCGAACAACCCCCUUACUCCGUAGUCCCUAGCAAAGUAUCGGCGAUGAGUUCGCAGGACGUGAAGUCGCCGAAGGACUCGAUCGGCAUGGAGAAGCUGCACGAGACCGCGUACCAGUUCCAAAGGGAGACGAAGCAGAAGCACUUCGCCACGCAGGUGCUUGCGGCUCUGUCAGUGUCGUUGGGCUCUAUGGUGGUUGGCUACUCCAGUUCGUUCACAUCCCCGGGUCUGGUCUCUAUGCGUGACAAUGCCACGGCCACGUUCGAAGUGACGAAGGAAACGGGCAUGUGGAUAGGCUCGGUGAUGCCGUUGAGCGCGUUGUUCGGCGGCAUAGCCGGUGGCCCCUGCAUCGAGUACCUCGGCAGAAGAAACACCAUCCUCGCCACGGCGCUGCCUUUCAUCGCAGCCUGGCUACUGAUCGCGUUGGCGAGCAAUGUCGCGAUGGUGCUGGUCGGUCGCGCGCUCUGCGGCUUCUGCGUCGGCAUUGCUUCGUUGUCACUGCCGGUCUAUCUGGGCGAGACGAUACAACCAGAGGUGCGAGGCACGCUCGGACUGCUGCCGACGGCCUUUGGUAAUACAGGGAUUCUACUAUGUUUCGCGGCGGGCAUGUAUUUGAAUUGGAGAAACCUCGCGUUGCUCGGCGCGUGUCUGCCGAUCCCGUUCAUGAUCCUGAUGUUCACGAUCCCCGAGACCCCGAGAUGGUACAUCUCCAAGGGAAAGACGAAGAGGGCGCGUAAAUCGUUGCAAUGGCUGCGCGGCAAGGACACCGACAUCACCGACGAGCUGACUGCCGUCGAAAAGCUGCACGUCGACAGCGAGAGACACGUCUCGCAGGGUGCGUUCAUGGAGUUGUUCAAGAAGAACCACUUCAAGCCGCUCCUCAUCUCGCUCGGCCUAAUGUUCUUCCAGCAGUUGUCUGGUAUCAACGCUGUCAUCUUCUACACCGUCCAAAUAUUCAAGGACGCCGGUAGCAGCAUCGACGAGAAUCUGUCGACGAUCAUCGUUGGUAUCGUGAACUUCAUCUCGACGUUCGUCGCGGCGGCCGUGAUAGACAAGCUGGGUAGAAAGAUGUUGCUGUACAUAAGCGGCGUCUCGAUGAUCAUAACCCUCUUCACGUUCGGCGGGUUCUUCUACGCGAAGGACAAGGUGGAGGCGGACGUGUCGUCGUUCGGCUGGAUACCCUUGCUGAGCUUGAUCGUCUACGUGAUCGGGUUCUCGCUAGGGUUCGGCCCGAUCCCCUGGCUGAUGAUGGGCGAGAUUUUGCCGGUGAAGAUACGCGGCUCCGCCGCCAGCGUCGCGACGGCCUUCAAUUGGACCUGCACGUUCGUCGUGACGAAGACGUACGAGGACAUCGUCUCGCUGUUGGGAGCGUACGGGACAUUCUGGCUGUUCGGCACGAUCGUUCUGAUCGGCUUCGUCUUCGUGAUCAUCUGCGUGCCGGAGACGCGCGGCCGGUCCCUCGAGGAGAUCGAGAAGAGAUUCAGCGGUCCCGUGCGAAGAAUGAGCGCGGUGGCCAACAUGAAACCUAUGCCGAUGGCCUGUUAACCGCUUUCUUUCAAAUCACUAACUAGCCGAUAUCAAUGCGUUCGAUGCCCGGUUGACGGAGUCGGCGGACGGCUCUCGAUGCCGUCUCAACGGUACCCUUCGAACGUAUCCUAUAGUUCCUUAUAUUACCGAGCGAUAAGGACACGCGAAACGUGGACGGCGGUGACCGUCUUCAAACGCUAUAUUCUUGUUCGAUCCUCCUUUCCUCGCUUCCGUUUGCCUCCUCCGAUCGGCUCGACGAUCCUCGUCGAGCCGGGCUGCCCGUGAACAGUACGAGGAGGAAAUCGGCAGCGUGUCGCGAAGAGUACGCUGGGAAUCCCCGGUUUCGGAUGUCCAGCGGCGGAUAACUAUUUUAGAUAGCGACGACUCGGACAGAGGGAGGACCUUCAGAUAGGACGUCGCAUAUAGUUGUUAUAUUUUUGUUAUUCGAUAGUUUUACAGAGUCUACCUCAAAUUAGUACUUUUACGAAAGGUAUACGAGUAGGUUAACGCGAGGAGUGCGGAUUAUUUAAUUAGCGCGCGUGAACGAGGCGCGAGGAGUACGGCACGCUCCGCCCGUUGGGGUGUCCGGUGUUUUAAACCUGUCCCGAACGCGUGCGCGUGUCGCGGGGGACGACGGUGAUCACGUUCGGGGAUGGAACGUACUUCGAUUGUUCGGCGGAUCGCGGGAAGAGACGCGCGGCGAGCGACGAAUUCGCCUCGCGUGGCUGCGCCGAUACCGGCCGGGCCCGUCGCGUCAGCCUCUGUACAUACUUACCGUCGUCAUUGAAUGCGUCAACGGGCAAUUGCGCCAUACGCGAACCAAUUAAAUCGUAAGGUAUGCAUAGUUAAGAAACAGAGAUCAAAAUAAUACGCGUUUAUUUUUCCAAUGUCGUUACUGUUGCAACUGCCGCGGAAACGGGCGCAACUGUGACAGAAGCGCGCGCAAUUCGUUCGCGUUCACGUUCACGUUCUCCGAUGCACAUCGACACGGAACAUUUUACGUCAAUUGUUGUCUUCAGGAAGGUGCGGACGGGAAGGGGUCGAGUCGGGUCGGAUCGGAUCGGUUCCGACCGAGCUGGACCGGAUUGAAUCGAAUCUCUGUUGGACGUUGUCUCUCGACCGACACUCGUAACCCCUAACCCCCCCUGCUCCGCGACCAUCGUAAACGCAAUUUCCUGCGGUGUUUCUCGGCGUAGCGACAAACGCCAUUACGAAUCUCUCUGCGCUUUACGAUGGGACGGGGAAGCGAUGCGAGACAUUCCUAUUGUACGGUUCAACGUACGAUAUUACAAUCCACGGCAAACGCAAGCACCAAAAAUUCAUCGGGAACGCGCCGUUUCGUGUAGUUCGAGGUGACGAUGUAGCUGGGUAUUAACACUGGAACACCGCCGAGCGGUCGUAUCGUCUUUUUCAAAUUUCUCCGUGGAAACUGAACGACUAUCGAGACUUCAUGCAGUGUAGCUCGUGUAUUGGCGAAUCAAUGUCUCUAGUCGUUUCUCGGAGAAGCAUCCGUUACUUCCUCGAUAAUUGGAAAACAAAUCAUUAAUGGGUCGUUUCGACCCAUCCGGUGGUUCUAGUGUUAAAUCCAUUGAACCCCCUUGAAACGGGGUUUCGGAGCAACAGGAAAGUAGCCUGGUACGAUCGGCCCUGAAAAUAUUUUACGUAACGAGAACGAUGCUAAAGUUCGACAACAGAUAAUAUGGAUGACUAAUUGAAACGGCUUACGUUCACGGGCCUGCGUGUACUGUGUUUACUACCUUACUAUAUCGCGUUCGCUCGAAGUAUACGACUCGGAUGCGCGCGAGUUAACCCCUCUGAACCGUAACGUUAACGUUUCGUCGGACAUUAUAUUUUUAUCAUUGUAUUAUAAUUUGUAUUUAUCGGAUGCACACUUGUACCGUGCGUCUCAUGUCCGAGAGCCUAACGGUGCUUGCCAAAUUCCUCAGACUCGAACAAAAGAUAUCUUUGAAAGCGUAACGGGCGCGUUAAAUUUUUAUGUAAUUUAUAAGUUAUUAAAAUAGAACGUCUCACACGACAUC